AUGGACCGAAACUAUCCCACUCUCUACCUGUAUGGUGAUGACAACAAGUCUAACGGCGAUGCCUCCAAAGUGCGCAUUGCAUUCGGUCGCGAACGCAAAGAUCAAGUUCGAAGCGAUGAUGCCGAUUGGGUUUGUGCAAACGUACGUGGGAGAGAUGACCAUGGAUAUCGGACCAGCAAGCUGAGGACGCGUAGUGCAACAUCAACAAUUUCGCGACCCGAAAUCGAUGCUUUCGGUGUCAGGCGGAGAGACCAGUCAGAUCCCGCGCUUGCUCUUCCGACAAAAGCAGCGAAUGUCGGAGAUAAUGACGUCUCACCAGACAAUCAACCUUCGCAAUUCCUUUUGCUGCGAGGUCUUGAACCUUCGGUCUCCGAGGAGCUGCUGGCCAAAGGCGUCUCCAAGCUCAAUAAACCAAGUGCUUCGAGCACACAGAGAGACGACACUCCUGCCAAGAAGGGCGCAAAGGUCGCGUCCACCACUGGUGAUGCGAAUCUUGGUGCCAAAGAGGGCACUUUACGAAGAGUCCUCCUCGUCCGUGACCGAAGAAGCAACGACAGCUGGCGGUACGGGUUCGCUGAGUAUGCCUCAAUUGAGGAUGCGCAGGCUGCCUUGGUCAGAUACAACUCGUUUGAGCGGUUCACUAUCGCUUCGAAACAGGUGCUGGUCAGUUACAUUCACGCCGGGGUCUUUGUGCCGGUCCUCAAUCCCACCCCGGAUGUUGAGCGCUUCUGCUUUAGUCCCAUAGGCAACCCGGCUCUGAAGCUGGCUUAUUGGGACGAGGCUGGUUAUGUCACCGAGCUGGCUGUUUCAAUGCCUGCUCAGGCGGCACGAGGCUCGUCCAAGGGGACGUCUUCAGUUCUAGCGGCGGACCCAGGGAUCAAACCACUAAAGGACAACGAAAAGAGCACGAAGAAACGCAAGGCACAGUCCGACGCCGACGCCGCCGGCACCGGAGUCAAGAAGCCCGCGUCCUCCCAUCUCCAAUUCUGGAGCAACCGCCACGCCGAGCUACACGGUAUCAAGCCCAGGUCCCACAAGGGCGAAGACUCCAGGUCGACAGAUGGGAAUAGCUCGACCGAUGGCCCUCCUUCGCAAUCGUACGCCGAUCCGCAUCGACAUUGCUGUUACCUGUGCAUGCGCCAGUUCGGCAACGCCGCCGAAGUCAACAAGCACGAACGUUUGAGUGACCUACAUCGACAGAACCUGCAAGACGAGACGAAAGUCAAAAAGGCAGAAGCGAAGCUGACGAAGCAUGGAAUUGAGCGUCAGACAAGCGUGACUCCGUCCGAACCGACCCGGGAAUACCGCGACCGUGCCAAAGAACGACGCAAGGUCUACGGUGUGGUCAACAAAAAGGGUGAACAAGUCGGCAGCAAUGCACCGAAGCCGUCACGUGCGUCAUCCGAUAACGACGACGUCCCCGCGCCUCCAAUCCAGUCCAAAGGCGCUUCCUUGCUGAGUAAAAUGGGAUAUACGGCCGGUCAAGGUCUGGGUGCUUCCGGAGAAGGUAUGACUGCGCCGAUCAGUCAGGAUAUUUAUGUGGCUGGCGUCGGGUUAGGCGCUCAAGGCGGGAAGCUCGGCGAUGCAGUCAAGGAAGCAGAGAGAAAUACGAAAGGUGAUUAUGGCGGGUUUCUGGAGGAGACCAAGAAGAGGGCCAAGGAACGUUACGACAGUCUGGGAUAG